UUGUAUUUUUUGGAGGAAGGCCCUGGGAGAUUGCGACAACUGUAUCAGGCGACAAGGGCGCUACAUACAGUACUUUGGUCUCCCUGAGAUACCUCGUUGAUCGAAAGCCACCAAGUCAACCUGUAAAUCGACUACUGAACGAAAGGCUGUACCGUGCUCAUUCCUUGCAACGACGUAGAAUAUGGAAACGCCAAGAGCGGCCAACCAUCUUGAGGGCGGGAAGCUUCCUCCAAUACCCCGCAAACCACCACAGCUAGGAGGAGAUGCAAACGCCGCGCCCUCUUCCAACGCUGCUCCGUUAAUCACAUACAAGGCGCCCUCGAAUAAAGAGCUCCCAGACAUCACGACCCGCAAAGGUCCGGCGGAAGGAGCAGGAAAGGCCUCAGCUACCAACGGCGAAGGAGCGAAGAAAGCUGGUGGAAAGAAAUCCGUAUCCAUUGACAAUCUCCCCGCCGCAGCCCCAGCGCCAGCACCAACAGCGGUCCCGGUAUCAACACACGGCCCGGCCCCCAAAACACGAAAGUUCAAACUAACCGAAGCGCAAACACGGGAGAUCCGGGAAGCCUUUGAUCUGUUUGACGAGGACGGGUCGGGGGAGAUCACGGGCAAGGAGUGGCGGGUAGCGAUGCGGGCGAUGGGUUUUGAGUCGAAUAGCGAGGAUGUGAGGAGGAUGUUGGAUGAGAUGGAUGAUGAUGGGAGUGGGAGUGUUACGUUUGCGGAGUUCUUGAAGUUGAUGGAGCGGAAGAUGGCAGAGAAAGUCGCCCGCGAAGAGAUGGUCAAACUCUUUCAAUACUUUGUAAAUCCCGCUCUUGGCGAAACCGGGGCAUCCGGCGGGCGUGCGCUCAUCAACGCACCAACCGCCGACAAACUGCUGCAGCAGCACGGAAUCAUCCCGCAGAGGAUAGCCGCGAGCGAUCUACGCACUAUCGCUGCUGUUGUUGGGGAGCAUUUGACGGAGGAUGAGAUUCGCGAGAUGUUGGAGGAGGCGGAUAGGGAUGGGGAUAAGGAGGUUACGGUGGAGGAUUUUAUUCAUGUGAUGAGGAAGACGACGCUAUGGUAGACGCCAUUUAUUAAGACCGAUGGUAGACAGGGGUGAGCGGCCAAGGUCCUUUUCAUCAGAUGGGCUCGGCGAUCGCCUAUUGAUAUGUAUGCAGUUUUUGGACACCAUGGUUUUGGGAGUUGUUUUUUGGCAGACUACCUAUGAAUCUAUAUAUCUUCGUGAUGUGUAUGAGCACAUGAAUGUACAUACAUAUUGAAGAACCAGCGCAGCUUGCUCGUGUCCUUGGGACUUCUUCCCGGACGCAUUCUUCAAGGGGUACCUUCCAAAAGUGACG